AUGCGGCGCUUCGAGGAGGAGCUGACGUGCUCCGUUUGCUACAGCCUGUUCGACGACCCGCGCGUGCUGCCCUGCUCCCACACCUUCUGCAGGAGCUGUCUGGAAGGCGUCAUCCACCUGUCGAGCAGCUUCCCCGUUUGGAGACCCCUGCGAGUCCCUCUGAAGUGCCCCAACUGCAGGAGCGUGGUUGAGAUUCCCGCCGGCGGGACCGAGUCGUUGCCCGUCAACUUUGCGGUGAAAGCCAUUAUUGAGAAAUACCAGCAGGAGGAUCAGGCUGAGGCGGCGACCUGCAGCGAGCACUACAGGCAACCGCUGAACGUGUACUGUCUUCUGGACAGAAAACUGGUGUGUGGCCACUGCCUCACGAGAGGGAAGCACCACGGGCACCCCAUCGAUGACCUCCAGAGCGCCUACCUAAGAGAGAAGGAGGCUUCUGGGAAACUGCUGGAGCAGCUCACUGAUAAACACUGGGCUGACGUGUGUCUGCUGCUUGAAAAGCUGAAAGAAGAGAAGUCCCGGUGCGAAAGCAUCGUUCAGGUCGAUAAAAAAGCGGUAGUGCAGUACUUCAAGAAACUCAGUGAUACCCUGGAGGACAAGAAACAAGCUCUGCUGACUGCGCUGGAUGAACUGAACAGACGCAUUUCGGAAGAGUAUGAGCCUCUCAUUGAGAAGCUGAAAAAAAUAAGGGAAGAACAGCUUGAGUUAAUGUCCCUGAAUACGUCUGUUCAAAAAGAGGAGUCCCCGCUUAUUUUUCUCGAGAAGGUGGAUGAGAUGAAUCGACGUAUCAAAGCUUUGAAACAGAAGCAACUGCCGGAUGUGAAACCUGUGGAGAUUCACCCGAGGGUUGAGCACCUGUUGAAAAACGUGUGGGCUAAGGCUGAAGUCGGCCAGAUCCGCAAGAUCCUCGUUCCAAAGAUAAAACUGAUCCCGGCAAGGAAGUUACACAGCAAAGGCGGUGGAAAGGAAGGAAGAGAACCUAAAGAGCUCCUCCAGGCUGCCGGUCCUUACGUGGUCCUGCUGCUUUUUGUGAUAACGGCGCUUCAUCGAGAUUUCCACACCCGCUUGCAGGACGUAGGGGAUGUGCUGUGCCACACGUUUAACGUACUGAUGGGGUUUUUGGGGAGAGUUUUUUCUCUUUGA